CGUUCUGAACUUGGGAGAAAAUCCAGCCGAAAAAUGGGUCGCAAAAGGAAAGAAAAUGCGGCCAUGGAUUUGGAGCCAGAGCCGCCAGAUUCGGGUUGGGCUUGGGUGGUUCUGUGCAGUGUUUUCGUCGGCCAGUUCCUGGUCAUUGGCUUCCUUGCCUCGGUGUCCGUCUACGUGUACGUGUGGAUAGCUUUCUUCAAUGGAAGCGCGGCGGAAACCAGUCUGGUUAUUUCGCUUUGUACCUUCAUGAUGGGAGUCUUGAGUCCGAUUGCAGGAUCGAUAUGUAAGCGCUUUGGACCCCGUGUGACGGUUAUGGCGGGAGGUACGAUGACGUGCGUUGGUUUGGUAUUCUCCUCCCAGGCGACUGGUAUAAUAUUCCUUAUUAUCAGUCUUGGACUUUUCACAGCCUUUGGAAUAAGCAUGACCUUUAAUGCUGGCUUUACAGUCUUGGGCAUGUACUUCAAGAAACGUCUGGCUAUGGCCAUAGGCUUGGCAACGGCCGGAACCAGUAUCGGACAACUGGCGCUCCCGCCUCUCUUCCAGUACUUGAUCGACCAAUAUGGAUGGAGGGGCUCUCUGAUGAUAACAUCUGCACUGGCGUUUCACGUAGUUGCUGCUGGCGCCCUCAUGAGGCCACUGGUACCCAAAAAGCAAAAGAGGUCAUCUAAAAGAUCCAAAAGGAGCGAACUAGAGGAUAAAACCUCUGACGCAACACCCAACAAGAACUGCCAAUCAACAGAGGUCGGCAGCACCGGACUGUCGUUUCUCAGCCCGUCCAUUUUUGGAGGCGAAGAUUUUGUCUGCUCCCCAGGUGCCGGCGACACAACUCUGGGAGAAGGCUCAAUAUUCCAAGGGAAACCCGACGUUGCCAUGACAAUCGAUGAGACCGAGGAUGAGGACAGGAUCGAAUAUACCGACUCUGAUUCUUGGAGUCUGUCUUCGACCUCGGAAGGAGACAUGACCGCCAUGAACAACAAUGUCUGGGUACCAGUCGCCAUAACCACCCUGGGGAACCUACCAAAGGAGAGGAGGAGGAGUUAUUUCAGACGCAGACCUCGCUCUGCAUCCAUGGUCAGUCAGACCCUGGUCAAAAAAUCCUCUGAUUUAAUCCGUCUUCUGCGCAAUCCAAGUUUCCUCGUCUUGAUGGCUGUAAGCAUUGGGAACGGCUUCGGUCGGGCGUCCACUACCUACCACUUGGUAUCAAGAGCUGAAUCAAUUAACAUCGAGCCAGACAACGCUGCAUUGCUUUUAACCCUGAUGGGCGCCGGUAGUCUCAUCGGUAGACUCUCCAUAGGCUGGAUCGUGGACAGGAAUUGGAUGCGUCCAGAGCUCUGCUACACCUUGACCUUCGGUGUCUGUGCAUUGGCAACCUUCAUAACUCCUCUCAUCACGGAAUUCAAGGUGUUGGUAGCCGUGGCGCUGGUACACGGCGCAUCUAGCGGUGCAGCGACUGUCGUUGUUAUGAUGACCCCUCGACUUGUCGUCAAGCCAUGGCUGGCCAGUACUUCCAUGGCGUAUUUCCUCCUUGCCUGGGGCGUUGGUGAAAUAUCUGGAGGAGCUUUAGCCGGUUGGUUUUAUGAUGCGCUCAAAAGCUACGACUAUUCCUUUUACGCUGCGGGCUCCGUGAUGACAUCUGCGUCUGCACUGAUGCUCAUCAUCUACUUUCUCCAGCGAGCUAAACGACGACGUCAAGGGCAUCACGCAAAAAGCUUCGGUGAACAAGCAGGAUCGGUCCAGCCCGGUUCAAACCAGUUAGAUCCGGAGCUAGCCGGAUCGAUGCAUGAUGACUUGGGAAGGGUCAAUCCGGUAUUUUCCACGAGGAAGGGGUUUGAGACUUGUAUAGAUCUGUGCGAGGGUGAGAUAAUGGGUGAGAGUGUGUCAGUGUGUGAGGCAGAUGUCGAUCUGGAGGGGAGUGAAUGGAGUCUGAAGGGACAAAUGGUAGGGGGAUCUUUGGGAGAGGGUUGUAAUGAUGUUGGAGAAUCUCUAGUGUGUAAGAGUGUACCAGUGAGUGAGGUAGAUGCCGUUCAGCUGGCAAGCCAAUCUUGUCAGAGUAACGCAGCCUGCAAUCGGGAGCGGAGUGAAUUGAGCCAAACAGGACAAACUGUAGGGGGAUCUGUGGGAGAGGGUUGUAAUGAUGUUGGAGAAUCUCUAGGAAUUGAAAACCCAAUAAAUGAGAAUGACUCGGAUGAGGACCAUGCAAAUUACACACUGUCAUCCCAAAGUGACACACAUGCAGAAGUGCACAAAAAAGAAAUAGGCCUAGAUGAAAAUGAGACACCGGGCAGUGUUACUGGUCCAAGUCAGAAAAUCUAAGCACAAAAGAUUCCGAUAGUUACAUCCGAAAGUGAUAACGAAGGUGUGAUGGGUUUUGAAAACUCUUGGUAUAAAGGUAGGUCUUACGUCAGUAGGAUCCCAUCAGAGUCACGAAAGGUGGAGCACGAGGUUUCUGGACCUGUAGAAAGGAUCAAUAUCAUGCUUGAAAGCAUAAGUGAUCAGGAAGAUAGUGGCAUCGAAUAUCAACUAUAUUUCGCUGAGACUAGCGGGAGCGAGAGUUGCCCGUACGAUCCAGAGUCUGUGAGCAGUGAGUGUUGGGAUGGUGCAACAGACAGUACCGGUAAGUAUACAGGGAGUGAGAUAGAAGUGUCACAGGCCCACCAUCGGUCUCAAAUCACCCAGGACUCAGUGGACAAUCAAAACCAAGUCAGGGGUAAUGAACAUUGUGAGGAAGACGAACAUUACAAUGACCAAUCUAGCGAGAAGAUAAAAAGGUGAGCGUGGGUUUUUCAAUCCCUGUUACAUCUCAGGCAUUUCAGUCGAUGACAGACCUGGCGAUGGACCGGAGGCUGUGGAGGGUAGUUUGGAUGGGCUGGAGGACAUGGUCCCCAAAAGUGAACGUGUGUGAGGGUUGCUAAAGAUUCACGUGGUGGGAAGAAGCAAUGUAUUGUUACUGAAGAAAUGUUCUUGUGAGCAGUUACUUGGCCAUUCCGAGAGGGAAUGAGAGUGGUUGAGAUCGAGUGGAUGACAAGUCUUAGAGUAGAUGGGGAUAGAACCUUCUUCCGAGAAUUAUUUUGCAUUUGUUUGGGGGGUUGUAAUGCCAGUCCGAAUUUCGUGCUAUAUCCACCUUUAAAUUCAAAUUUGCAAAAACUUCCAAAAACUACCAGUUUUUGUUCUUGAUAAUAUUCCAAAAUAAAUUAUUUUACAUAAGUUGAAAGCAUGUUUUUAAGUGGAGUUACUUU